AUGGCUUUCAUGGUUGCAUUAAUCUUGAAUUUACUUCUCUUGUUUUCAUUAGUUUCAACAGGGAAUUCACUUAGUUAUAACUAUUACGAAAAGACAUGUCCUGAUGUAGAGUUCUUUGUUGCCAAGACAGUGAGAGAUGCCACUGCUUCGGACAAAACUGUCCCUGCAGCGCUUCUCCGGUUACACUUCCACGACUGCUUCAUUCGGGGAUGUGAUGCAUCUGUGCUGCUAAACUCAAAAGGAAGCAACAAAGCGGAAAAAGAUGGACCACCAAAUGUAUCUUUGCAUGCAUUCUUUAUCAUUGAUAAUGCAAAAAAGGCAAUAGAAGCUGCUUGUCCCGGGGUAGUCUCUUGUGCUGAUAUCCUAGCUCUAGCAGCAAGGGAUGCUGUUUUUCUGUCUGGAGGUCCAGGUUGGGAUGUUCCUAAAGGAAGAAAGGAUGGAAGAACAUCCAAGGCCAGUGAAACCAUACAGCUACCAUCACCAUCUUUCAACGUAUCGCAACUACAGAAGAGCUUCUCUCAAAGAGGUCUGUCAUUGGAAGACUUGGUAGCUUUAUCAGGAGGACAUACCUUAGGUUUCUCUCACUGCUCAUCCUUCAAGAACAGAAUUCAUAACUUCAAUGCUACACAUGAAGUGGACCCUUCAUUGAAUCCAUCAUUUGCAUCAAAGCUAAAAUCAAUUUGUCCAAUACAAAAUCAAAUGAAGAAUGCAGGCACCACCUUGGAUGCUUCUUCAACUACAUUUGACAAUACAUAUUACAAGUUGAUCCUCCAAGGGAAGGCCAUAUUUUCUUCUGAUCAAGUUCUUAUUAAUACUCCAUAUACCAAAGAUCUUGUUUCAAAAUUUGCUACCUCACAAGAUGCAUUUUAUAAGGCUUUUGUGAAGUCUAUGGUCAAAAUGAGCAGCAUCAAUGGUGGCCAAGAGAUUAGGAAGGAUUGUAGAGUGGUUAAUUAG